UUCAAAAGUACACCUUCUAAAAGUAUAUUGAAGUUUAAUCAACACCUGUUGGAAACUCCAUCACGUUAUCUCGGUGGACCCAACAAACUCACAAAUUAGCCUCAACAAGUGUGUGAAAAUCACGGCCUUCAUUCCAUGUAAUACGAGAAAAGUAUUUUUUUAGAUAUCUCAGCAUUUUUCAUCAUCAUUUUGUUCAGGGUAGCUGAGGCAAGCACUUCAUACGCCCCAUUAUCAAGGCGAAGACAAUAUGGUUAUUUCUUAUUUUCAAAUUAAACGUCCUUUUUCAUGCUGAAAAACAAGUAUUUUCAGCAGUGUGACGAUGCCUGCAGUUGGCGACCUUUUUUUUUCUCCUCCCAUGAUCCAGGAUGCAGGACUUGCAGGACUCGGAGCUGACCACACCCCUGCUGCUUCCCCGGGGGGAGGAGGUUGCGUUCCACGGGAGGGGUUCAAGUUCAGCUGGGACAGCCCCCAAAAAAUCACCAGUUCCCCCACAUAGAGAGGAGAAAAAGAAGAGCGCAGUCGCAGACGGAGAGGGAAGCCCCGGCGAGCAGCUGAUCCCGGAGAAGAGAAAAGCCAUGCAUUCCGCAGGCAGGUCGUGGCUGCUGCUCACCGGCUUCGUGCUGUUUUACGUCGUCUACCUGCUCUUCGGCGCGCUCGUUUUCUCCAGCCUCGAGCGGCCGGCGGAGGACCGGCUGCGCGAGGACAUGGAAGCCCUGAAGCUCGAGUUCCUCAACGACAGCUGCGUCAACGUCGCGUCGCUCGAGCGCUUUCUGCUCAAAGUGCUGACGGCCAACAAGUACGGCGUCUCCGUCCUCAGGAACGCCUCCGCCGUCUCCAACUGGGACCUGGCGUCCUCCAUGUUCUUCGCCAACACUCUGGUAACCACCGUCGGUUACGGCCACACCACUCCGCUGUCCGACGCUGGGAAGGCCUUCUCCAUCCUCUAUGCCCUGAUAGGAGUCCCCUUCACCAUGCUGGUGCUCACCGCCUGCGUCCAGCGGCUCAUGCAGCCUCUGGUCCUCGGCCCCGUCGGCCUCCUGCAGCGCCUGGGUCUGCGGCCUCGGCCGGCCACCGUGCUCCACUUCACGCUGCUGCUGGUCCUGGUAGUGCUGUGCUUCUUUGUGGCGCCGGCCGCCGUGUUCAGCAAGCUGGAGGCUUCCUGGUCGUUCCUGGACGGCGUCUACUUCUGCUUCAUCUCGCUGUGCACCAUCGGCUUGGGAGACUUUGUCCCGGGGACACAGCCCAGGCAGAAGCACCGGUCGCUGUACCAGCUCUCCGUCAUGUUCUACAUGUUCGUGGGUUUGAUGAUGAUGUACCUUGUACUGCGCACCAUCCACAAAAUGGCCGACCUGCACGGCCUGACCACCUUCCUGCAGCUCCCGCGCUGCGAGGACCCUGACCUGGACGAGGACCAGAAGCCGAUCGUGGAGGUCGGACACGGGGCUCAGGCACCCUCCUUCCGGACGGAGGAGGCCAGCAAGCCCCUGGAAGCGGCAUCGCAGGCCUCCUACAACACCAUCAACACAGGCUGAGUUCAGAGAAUGAAAAAGGAAAAGAAAUAUCUACCUCUGGUUGGCUGAAUCUGAAUUCUUAAAUUCUGCCUUUUAAAAAAAAAAAAAAAAAAAAAAAAAAAUUUCAUUCCGUCUUCCUCUGUCCCCCGUUGAGAAACACUGGGGUCCUUCUUUCCAUAUUUCACAUCUGCACGUCACAUGGGAAGAACCUCCACACACAGACCAGGGCGCCCGGUGAUCCUCGGAGCCGGGGUCGGCCCCCACCACUUGGGUGCACCUUGAUAAGCAUGAAUGCUGCAGAGCGUUUAAAACACGGGUGACGUUAGCUGGAAAAUCUGAUGGUAUUUCCUGUGUAAGAGCGGUGACUUUGCUGUGCCUGGAUCAGCCUGGCAGACUACAGAAACUCACACAACAGCACUGGGGACACUGCUCUCCUUUCACGGUGCUGCCCCCUGGUGGUCACCACGUGGUAGUACCCCUCCAGGAGAGAAUAGAAACCGGGUCAAAGAGUUGGUACCGAGGGGUCGAGGAAGAGACGAAACAGGACUGUAAAUAGGUCGUCACUGUUCAUUUUGAUGAAAAAAGCGCAUGUGUGUUUAGAGAUCCUGGACACUUGAAAUGCACUUUAACGUUUGCAUCAGAUCUAGUUGAAUGAGUAGGCUUAUACAUCCGGGUACUGUAAACCUACGUUGUGCAUGUUUUGUCCCGUCAGUCCAACGUGUGUCCACAUCGGACAAGAUAUAAAUUUACGUUUCCAUUUAUUAUGUUUUCUGUAAGCUUAUUGGCCUUUGUUUUGACUUUAAUCAGCAAAUGUUCCUUCUGUAUUGUGCGGAGUCCGACCCCGUGAAAGUGUCUGCAAUCACGAACACCCAAAGUGUUUUACUUUCGGCAGGUCGGACUGAAGCUGAAACUCAUCAGUUAUGUAAUCUUCUUCCACAUUCAUGGUUCUGAAUGUGCUACUGCUGCUCUUCAGGGUCAUGCAUAGUAAACUUCAUCACCCCCCCCCCCCCCCCAUCAGUUUCCAAAAGUGUCAAUUAUGAGCUGUAAAAUGUACUUUAUGCGUUUAUAAUAAAUAACUUUGAAAAGCA